AUGGCUUCAAAGGUUUUAUUGACAGGUGCUUCUGGCUACAUCGCGCAACACAUUACCAGUGAAUUACUUUCCCACGGCUUUAAGGUUAUUGGAACCGUAAGAAGACAGGAGCAGGCGGACCAAUUGCACAAGCAGUUUUCAGAUGAUGUUCCGGCUUUGCAAAAGGACCCUUCCCUUUUGACAUACGUACUGGUUCCAGAUAUGGGUGCUCCAGACGCAUUUGAUGAGGUAUUGAAGUCAACCCCCGACAUUACCUACGUUCUACAUACGGCCUGUCCAGUUGGUCCCAAUGAUGAUAGAGCCCUUGAAGACGUUUUUUUUAAGCCUGUUGUUGAGGGUACUAAAAACAUCUUUAAUGCUAUUAGGAAUCUUGCCAAUGACAGUGUCAAGAACGUCGUGUUGACCUCUUCCUUUGUCACCCUUAUGAACGCAGAUAAGGCUGAAGACAAGAGCUUCAUCUACACUGAAAAGUCUUGGAAUAAUAACACCUGGGAUCAAAUCAAAAACAGAGAUGAGUUGCUUGCUUACACUGUUUCCAAGACGGAAGCUGAGAAGGGCGCCUGGGACUUUGUUGACAGGGAGAAACCAAACUUUAAGUUGACAACAGUACAUCCCCCUCUUGUCUUUGGCCCUCAGAAAUUCGAUGUUGCUGCCAAGAAGGAAUCUUUGAACUUUUCAGCUGAGAUCGUUGGAUCUCUGUUGCGCACGAAGUAUCCAUCGGAUGACAAGUUAUUUGAUGAUGUUGUUACUUUAUCAGUGGAUGUUAGAGACGUAGCUCUCUACCAUGUGCUGCCACUUCUGAAUGCUGAUCUGGCUUCGAAGAGAUUGGCUGUCGUUCAAGGCAAGUUCAGUGCUCAGAGAAUCUUGAACAUUAUCAACGAGAAUUUUCCUGAAUUAAAGGGCAAAAUUGCUGUUGGAAAGCCCGAGGAAACGGCAAGAUUGGAAGCUCUCAAGGCACCCGAGUAUAACAACAGUGUUACUGUAGGCCUAACUGGAGUUGACCCCAUCCCACUGGAGAAAACGGUUGUGGACUCUGUCAAACAGAUAUUGCGAGCUAGGAAAUAA